UCGCUUCGGCUGGACGUGCCGCACACACUGCGGUGGUUGCAUUCGCAUAGUGGAACAAUGCUGGCCGACGGCGAAGCCAGCCCUUGAACUUUUUUGAAUUUUAUAUCCCCCGUUUUUUUAUUUUUUUUUAUUGGUUUUUAUUUUCCCCCCGUCCGAUACACACUUUUUCACUUGGAGCCCCGUUGAUAUUUCGUGGCGUUUCCUUCAGGGUUUCCCACAACGAAUAAUGACGAUAAUAGUGUUUCUGAUCGACACCUCGGCUUCGAUGAACCAAAGGGCAUAUCUCGGUGGUCGCCCUACCCUCCUCGACGUCGCCAAGGGCGCAGUCGAGACGUUCGUCAAGGUGAGGCAGAGAUCUCCCGAGAGCAGAGGUGACAGAUACAUGCUGUUGACGUUCGAGGAUCCGCCUAACAACAUCAAGGCCGGCUGGAAAGAGAGCUUAUCCACUUUCAUGAAUGAGUUGAAGAACCUUCAGUGCCAGGGGAUGACGAUGAUGGGAGCCGCUCUCAAACACGCCUUCGAUGUACUCAACAUCAACAGGAUGCAGUCUGGAAUUGACACCUAUGGGCAAGGGCGGUGCCCAUUUUUUCUUGAACCUGCUGUCAUCGUCGUUAUCACAGAUGGUGGCAAACUUUCAAACACCUCUGGGAUUCAAGAAGAAUUCAAUCUUCCAAUGCACUCUCCAAUCCCUGGGUCAGAACUUACAAGAGAACCUUUCCGUUGGGACCAACGACUAUUUUCCCUUGUACUACGACUGUCUGGUACACCAGCCAUAGAAAGGGAUGUUGGGCUGGUGCCGAGUGACACAUCCCCUAUUGAUGCCAUGUGUGAAGUGACAGGAGGGAGAUCAUAUUCUGUGACAUCGCAUAGAAUGUUAAUGCAAUGUAUAGACAGCCUUGUUCAAAAAGUACAAAGUGGAGUAGUUAUCAAUUUUGAGAAAAUCGGGCCAGAUCCUCCUUUGAUUCCAACAGAAAAUUCUAAAGAGGGUUUAGAAAUUGGAGAGAGUGAAGAGAUCAAAGAAUGGGAUAAGGACAACUCCCAAGGAGACGGAAAUGGUAAAAUGGCCAAUGGAGCAAGGCCAAAUCCAAUAAAUCCUUUAACCCCAGGAAACACUGCAUGGCAGACUUGUCGGAAAUUAAUUUAUGUGCCUCGUUCAGCACAGAAAGGAUUACCAAUUGGAUUCUGGCCAAUCCCCGAGUCAUUUUGGCCUGAUCUACAACAAACUACUCUGCCUCCACGAACGGCCCAUCCAAACGUUAAAUUUAUGUGUACGAGCCAAGAUCCAAUGGUCAUUGAGAAUUUGCCCUUCGACAAGUACGAGCUUGAACCGAGCCCUCUUACCCAGUACAUUUUAGCUAGGAAACAACCGACGACGUGUUGGCAAGUUUUUGUGCCUAAUUCGUACAAAAGCUCGGAAGUUGGCCACCCGUUCGGAUAUUUGAAGGCAAGCACUAAUUUAAACUGUGUCAAUUUAUUUGUGAUGCCUUACAACUACCCAGUACUUUUGCCCUUACUGGACGACCUUUUCAAAGUCCUGAGGCAGAAGCACACGCCCGAGUGGAGAACAGCAUUUUCCAAUUACCUCCGAACUAUGCCUUCCUAUUAUGCUGGUCCUUUACGACGAGCUCUUACGAGAAUGGGUGCAACUGGAGUUGUUGCUCAAAACCUUGUGCCUGACACAUUAGACAAUUCUCUUAGUUACACUAUCCUAAGUUACCUCAAGAGGCUUAAAAACCAAGCAAAAAUAGAAUUUGAAAAAUUAUGUAAUGAUGUGAAUAACAAGCAGCUAGCCAAAACACAACCUGAGGGGAUUAGAGUUACUCCAAAAACCUCUUUCAAACGAGAAAUGCUGUCACACCCUAGUUUACAAAGUAAAUUCCAGUCUUUGAAAGAUCAGCUGAACGAAUUCAGCGGCUUUAUUGUUGGAGUUAGUCAUAGGAAACAUAGAGUUGGCCAGAGUUAUCGAAAUGCAUUUGACAUCCAACGCCACAAUCUUUUAGACCAGCUGCUUCGAAUGCGGGCCAAUUUUUUAAACCCCUCUCCCUCACACACUAGGCUUCAGGACGAAGAUGUUUUGCACAGCAUGCCAAUUAGCCAAAUGGGAAAUUAUCAGGAACACCUAAAAAAAACUCAACCCUUAUUGAGGGAAGUCGAAUCUGCGCCGGUUAGACAGCACAUGUUUGGCAAUCCAUUCAAGAUAGACAAGAGGAUGAUGGUCGAUGAAGCGGACAUAGAUAUGACGAACAUCGGUAGCAGUGGGAAAGGCCAUAAGCGAGCAUUGGACGGAGGUCCGGCGAGGCCGAACAAAAGGAAACCGGGACCAAUACCACGGGAAGUGACGUUCCGGAGGCCUUCCUCGCCCAUCCCACCAUCUCCAUCACCAUCGCCGCCACCGCCACCUCAGCUUACAAACCUCCCUGUACUACCACGGCCUGUGCUGCCUGUGAACACAGUUCCACCGACUAUAACGCCUCCUUCUGCACUUCCGGUAGUGAAUGAACCUGUUGUUCUUUCAAUUCCACCUUCAUCACCUCCUCCACUUAUAAAUGGAGAUAUAGGCCCGAUGGAUGUCGAUGAAGAGAGGUUGACCAUUAUUUGUAGACCAAGGUCACCAUCACCACCUGCUGAGUUUGCACCACCGGUACUCCAGCCGUACGAUGGCGGGACACCGAUGGGUGCCAGUGGUGGCUGUCCACCACCCCAGCUUGUGCCUUCAUACUCGACGCCUCCCCUCUCUCCACCGCCGCUUACGAUUGCGGAGGAUAUUGAGCCACCUGUGGAAGUGGUUCCGGCUCCUCCUACCAAGCACGAACUGGCUCAGAUCCGUAGUCAUAACUUACAUAUUAGGGCUCUGGCUUAUAAGGAAGUUAGAAGGCCUGGAAGAAACUAUGAGCCGCUGCUUGAACAUCUAACUUUGAUGAAAGGGAGCGUUGAUACACGAAUCAAUCUACUGAAGGAUGUCAUCAAUGAGUCAUUAAGGUUCAAGCGUAGGACUUUGGCGAGCCAUCUCGAUAAACAGCUUAAGGCUUUAAUCAACUCUUCUCCAAAUCAUCAUGGAAACAAUGGUGUAACCAACACUAAAGUGGCAGUUUGGAUGACGAUGUGGAAUUGCCCAGAUGGACAUGUGGACUCCGUUGUAUCCAAGCCACUGGUGAUUUAGAAAAUUACGCCUUGAAAUUUUAUAGAAUUAAUGAAUUUGAAUGAAUGAAAUAAUUAUGGGUGUGCUCUGUACAAUUAAGUUGCUGUAAUACCUAGGUUGAAAUUGUAAACAAAAAAUCUCAAGCGAUUUUGUAUGCUUUAUUUUGAGAAUGUUAUUUAUUUAUUUUAAAUGUCAAAGAGUAAUGAAUUUAAAUAGAAAAAAUUAUGUUAAAAAUGA